AGCACUGCCAGAGGAGAGAAGACAGACAAGCACACUGCUGAAAUAGCAUUGCAGCACAUGUUGCCUUUUUCACUGGGAUGAUCACAACGUGGCUAUGAAUCUGGCUGCUGAUUCUACUGGAUUAGACACCAACCGAUCUGAUUAAUUGGUUUUCGGGGGUGAAGAACAAACACUGUUACAGGAUACCUUAAGACUCCAUCACUUUGGAAAAGGCCUCUAGGUGCAUCACAAUGGCUGAUCACGAGGACUUUGGCAAGACGGCGGGCUACUGGAACUCGUCGGACAGCCACCAGCUUAACCCGGCGAGCGUGAUCGUGUCGGUGGUUUUCUCACUCAUCUUCCUGCUGGGCAUGGUGGGCAACAGUCUGGUGCUGGCCGUGCUCCUGCGCAGCGGGCAGGUGGGCUACAACACCACCAACCUGUUCAUCCUCAACCUGAGCGUGGCCGACUUCUUCUUCAUCAUCUUCUGCGUGCCCUUCCAGGCCACCAUCUACUCACUGGAGGGCUGGGUGUUCGGCUCCUUCAUGUGCAAGGUGGUGCACUUCUUCAUCAACCUCUCCAUGUACGCCAGCAGCUUCACGCUGGCUGCCGUCUCUGUGGACAGGUACCUUGCCAUCCGUUACCCACUGCGUUCUAGGGAACUGCGCACGCCAUGUAAUGCAGGACUGGCCAUGGUGGUCAUCUGGGGACUGUCUCUGGUCUUUGCUGGGCCGUAUUUGAGCUACUACGACCUGGUCAACUACGAGACCGGCAACAUGUGCAUUCCAGGCUGGAAAGAGUGCAAUCGGAAGGUGCUGGACACAUGCACCUUUGUGUUCGGCUACGUGAUCCCUGUGCUCAUUGUCAGCCUGUCGUACACCCGCACCAUCAAGUACCUCUGGACAGCCGUGGACCCGCUGGACGGCAUGUCUGAGUCCAAACGGGCCAAACGCAAGGUCACCAAAAUGAUCAUCAUCGUCACGGUUCUCUUCUGCAUCUGCUGGCUGCCGUACCAUGUGGUCAUCCUGUGCUACCUGUACGGUGACUUCCCGUUCAACGAGACCACGUAUGCCUUCAGGCUGCUCUCGCACUGCAUGGCGUACGCCAACUCCUGCCUCAACCCCAUCGUCUACGCGCUGGUCUCCAAGCACUUCCGCAAGGGCUUCAAGAAGGUCUUCAGCUGCAUCUUGAGCAAGAGUGGCCGCAACAAGGUGCACGUGGUGCAUGUGGCCAACACUGUGCCGGGCUUUGAGGCCGGCUCCACCGAGGUGUCACAGAUGCAUGAAGAGAACGGUCGACCGGCCAACGAACGCGAGAUGGAGAGCAGGCCGCUGGCAUCAGGCUCAGCAGCACCUCCGGACGGAGCUGUGGCGGCCAUUUCGCUACCUUUUCAGAGUCAGCCUUGAGCGCACAAAAGGAAGUGGAAAAUCCAUUCUGAUGGAAAGCCAUCACAUAAGUGGAUUCGGAUAUGUUCGGCUGCCAGUGAAAGCAUGCAAAACUAAGGCUGUCACUGAGGUGUUGUUUCAAGCCUCUUGCCAGACUACUUAACUUAAAAAAUAUACUGAAGGUUCAGUAUGGCCAAACCUGUUGGAUUUCAUUUGGACAGUUCCUAGAUAAAUGGACCUGGUUUCAUUUGUAAAUACAUGUGCCAAAAUGAG